UUCCGGUCCGAGGACGCCGCGGUUGGUGUCGCCGUAUGGACGUGCGAGCGGCGGGCGUCCGGCGACCACCGACCACCCACCGACCACCCGCCGACCGGGCCCGCGCCGCCAUGGCUCCCGGCGAGGCCCGCGGCCCGACAGCGCGCUGGGGGCUGCUCCUGGGCGGCGCCGCGCUGCUCCUGCUCGUCCCCGCCGCCGCUGCGCAGCAACCGCCCGGAGCAGCUUGUUCUCAGAACACAAACAGAACCUGUGAAGAGUGCCUGAAAAACGUUUCUUGCCUGUGGUGCAACACGAACAAGGCGUGUCUAGACUACCCGGUCACAAAAAUCCUGCCGCCUCGUUCCCUCUGUGAGUUGAGUUCUGCACGCUGGGGCGUCUGCUGGGUGAACUUCGAGGCCCUGAUCAUCACGAUGUCAGUGGUGGGCGGUGCCCUGCUCCUCGGUGUCUCCAUCUGCUGCUACUGCUGCUGCUGCCGGAGGCGGCGGAGUCAGAAGCCAGACAAGGAUGACGAGAAGGCCAUGAGGGAGAGGGAGGAGAGGCGGCUGCGGCAGGAGGAGAGGAGAGCGGAAAUGAAGUCAAGACAUGAUGAAAUCAGAAAGAAAUACGGUUUGUUUAAAGAAGAAAACCCAUAUGCCAGAUUUGAGAACAACUAACACACACUUGUGACGGGUCACCCGGCAAUCCCAGAGCUUCCUGAAGACUUGGGCGCCGCUGCUCAGAGCAGCUCCUGGAGGGGCCGGGCGCCCUCGGAUUGCCCCUGACCUCGAGUGUGUGGGCCGGGCCUUGGAGACGGUCAGCCGUGGCCCCCGACCCUCUUGGCCCCGGAAGCUUGUGCCUUUGUCCCCCGUGAUCUCAGUUUCUGAAUUCAGUUCAGACAUUAAACUGGCGUCUUCUUUCUGAGGAGGAGACAUGCGCACCCCCUGCUCUCCUGAGCAUGUGAGCUGGUGUUGGCCCGACGCCUGUGGCCCCGUCGCACUGCCCCCAGCCUCCACGGCCCUGGCCUCGUGCUCCUCUCCUCCCACCAGCCGGCUUCACGCAGCCGUGACAGUCACAUUACGCUCGUCUCAUGAGGAGAAUUGAACAGUCCCUCUCUGUUUCCCCUUGAAUCUGUGCCUGACCUCUGGGCAAGUGUGUGCACGUCUGUGUGUGGAUGUCACUCAGGCAGCUCUGACGGGGAUGCUUUCCUGACCUCAGCGGGACCCAGGGGCUUUCAGCAAGAGUGGAAAUCACCUUCCACAGUUCUCUGAUGAUUCUUGGAUUUUUUCCCCCCACCUAAAAGAUUUCACCAAAAAACUUUCAUGUGAAAGCUUAGGUCCCUUGUCUGAUUUUUCUGUUUAUAUCAUUAACAGACUAUCAAGGUUUGCUUUCAGUGGAAAUUUGGGUUGUCAGGGUAGCUUUCCGGCACCCUCUGUAAGCACAGUGUGCUACAGGGCUGCCCUCCCCCCGUCUCCAAGCCCCUGGGCAGAAGGCGUGUGCACCGCGUGUGCUCCCUGACACCUCCUCGUCCCCUCUGUGGUCCCGAUGACAGCAAGUUCUUCCGGGGAGGAAGGUGGGCGCCAGAGGCCAGCCCCUCCGUGGCCUGUCCAGGCCAGUGAAAGGGACAUUCCCCGGGCUCAGUGGCAGCAGGGCGGGUCAGUGUUCUGCCGGGAAACUACCAAGCCUGGAGCCACGUUGCUGGCCAGGGGGUGUUGUGAGAACUUCAGGGCCGGCCACCGUGAGAGUCGUUAUUGGGCUACUGCUGCCCUAAUGGGGACACGCGUCCUCUGCCUUUCCUUAAAACCAAGACAAGUGCCUUCAGGAAACAGGCCCAGCACUUCUCACAGUCACCCAGCAAAAAGCUUCUAAAGAAACCGGAAACUCCCAGCAGCCAGGCUGCUUUGAAUUAAUUAAACACUAGCUGUGGGAAAGCAGGUCAUUAGGCACAGAGCAUACGCGAUGCCACGCAGUUCACGCUCAUAAUCGUGCUGUUCACGAGAAUGUUCUUACGCAUCAAAUAGUGUUCAUAUGCACGGCCGGAUGAGCACAGAUAAUUUAAAAAAACGUUGAGCGACUUGCUAGGCCUUUUUCGCUAUGUAAUGUCUGUACUGUGAAUUAACAUCUCUACCCUGAAAUUUCACAAACUAAGAAAAUAGCCUUUAAAAAUUCCUUAUUCUUUUUCUUCUUGGGCAUUUGAGUAAGCAAUUUAAAGUUUUAUGAUACAUUCCUGAAUAUUUUAUAGCAGCCUUCAAAUUUUGACUUUACUGUUUAUUUGUAAAAGAAACUUUCUAGCGAACUUUGUAUUAAUAUACAGUAAUGUGUAUGUAAAUUCCCACUGUCUUGAGCUUGGGUUGCUGAGCUGAAACUAGAUGCCAGUUGUUAAAUGUAGACGCAGUCCGGAAAAUCGGACCAGUCUCAUUCCGGGACAGUGCUAGGAGCUGCCACAACAUUGUAACCUCAAGGAAAGCCUUAAAGUUUGGCAUGCCUUAACUUUUAGCCAGUUGCCAAUAAAAUGGGGUGAUACCUGCUUGCUUCAUCA